UAGAAAGUCAGAAGUGUUUUACUGAAGAUCUCAUCAUUAUUUUAACACACUGGUUUGAGGAAUGGCUUUGGACUUUGUUGCAGGAUGUCUUGGAGGUGCUGCUGGUGUGCUGGUGGGACAUCCGUUUGAUACAGUGAAGAUGAGAGUGAGGGAUUUACACGCCCCGCACGGAUCUUAAUCUAGUGAGACUUCAAGUUCAGAAUGUGGACAAGCCGCUGUACCGCGGAACAUUUCACUGUUUCCAGUCGAUUGUUCGUCAUGAAUCGAUGUUUGGUCUGUAUAAAGGUGUCGGCUCACCAAUGAUGGGUCUGACGUUCAUCAAUGCCAUCGUGUUCGGUGUGCAAGGUAAAGUCAUGCGGGUGCUGGGGACGGACACUCCUGUCAAUCAGUUCCUGGCGGGCGCUGCGGCCGGCGCCAUUCAAUCUGUCAUCAGCUGUCCGAUGGAGCUCGCCAAGACACGCAUGCAGAUGCAGGGCAUGGGUGAGAAGAACACUUCCAGGAAGCUGUACAGGAACUCUCUGGACUGUCUGAGCCGCAUCUACAGGAGAGAAGGAAUCCGAGGCAUUAACAGAGGAAUGAGGACCACGAUCAUUCGUGAGACGCCAGGAUUCGGGGUGUAUUUCCUCACCUAUGACGUUCUGACUCGUUCACUGGGCUGCGAACCCGACGACGUCUACAUGAUUCCCAAGCUGCUGUUCGCGGGGGGAUUGUCUGGAAUGGCGUCCUGGAUGUCCACCUACCCCGUGGACGUGAUAAAGUCCCGUCUUCAGGCAGAUGGUGUUGGUGGAGUAAACAGGUAUAACGGAAUAGCGGACUGUGUGCGUCAGAGCUGGCAGCGUGAGGGAUGGAGAGCGUUCACGCGAGGUUUGACCUCUACGCUCUUGAGAGCGUUUCCCGUCAAUGCCACCACAUUCGCCACGGUCACAUUGUUCCUCAUGUACAUGCGAGAUGACGGCAGUUUGAAAGACUGUGAGCCGAUACGGUCAAACAUUCAGCACGACAGUCUGUGAGUGAAACAUCUGACGUCUCAAAACUAAGAAGAUCGCCGAGUGUUUGAGGACUUUAAUGAUGGAUCAUGAGAUCCUGAAAAGUCUCCUCGUACAUGUGCAUGAGCACCAAAGCUCAACGUGUCAGAAGCACAUGCUGCAACCGCUGCAUCAAGU